AUGGCUCAUACCAAGAGAAAAACCCCAGCCGCAACCUCGUCGUCCUCAUCGUCAUCUGAAGAACUCCCUGUUGCUGCAUUAAAGAAGAAAUUGAAGGAAAAGAAGAAAACACUAGAAACUGAAUCGACCAGUGUAUCCUCCGACCCAUCUAAGGAAGUCGAACCUGCUGUGACGACACCGAAAAAGAAAAAGGGGAGGAAAAUGCGCGGGAUUGAUACUCAACACAAAAAGGGUGCUACAAAAUCUUUGACCUCUGUUGUUGACAAAGCGCUUCUCGAUUGUAAGUUCAUUAAAUGGGAUAAUUUUGAUCAGGUGAAUUUUCAAUUCAAGGAACUCUUUGAAUUUCAAGAAUGGAUGAAUGUUUGUGAAUGCAUUGAUGUUUACUACCUUAGACUAGUCCAAGAAUUUUAUAAAACUUUAAAAAUAGUUGAUAAAGAAGACAGAAUUGAGGUCUCUUUGAAUAACAGAGCAAAUGACAUUUCUGUUGAGUUGAUUGCUAAAGCCUUAAAAUUGCCGAAUGAAGGAAAUAAAAUCUCUACUCAUAGAGAUGUUACUAGAGUUCCAGGCUUUAACUUGGCUGAAUUUGAAAAUGAAGUCUUUCCUGCUAACACUGCCACUAGUGAAAAGUCCACUAGCACAAAAGCUUUUCAGCACAUUAAGAUUAUUCACAGCAUGGUAAAUUAUAUUUUUUGUCCUAAAUCUGGCAGCUAUGGAUAUUUGAGUUACUUGGAUAUGUACAUCAUGUGGCAUAUUAUUAACAGAGUACGAAUGAAUUUGGCAUAUCUGAUUUUCAAGAAUAUGUGUAAAGCUUAUGGGAUUGGUAAAUUACCUUAUGCCCAUCUCUUGACUGCCUUGUUUAGAGAGUUAGAUAUAAAUGUCUCUAAGGAGAGUUCUAGGGUAGAUUUAAUUGUGCUUAGAGAAAUUCAUUCUGAUACUGAUGGAAGAAAGAAACGUUUUGAAAAAGGUGGAUCUUCUAAAGCUAAAGUUGGUUCAGAUUCUCAAAGUGAGAUUAUGAGUGAGCUUCAAGGGUUAAUAACAUUUAUUAAUGAGAAAUUCAGUACAUCAAAUCAGUCUAUUGAACUUCUGAGAAAAUUUAUGGAUGUUGUUGAUUACAAAGUGACCCUUCUACUCAUGGUGAUCCUGUCUUUGAUCAUGGUAAUGUUGAGUGUGGAGGUUGUAGAACUUACAGUUGAACCUGUAGUUGAGAAAACUAUAGAACCUGCAGUUGAGUCUCCACAAAAGAAGGAAGCCUCUCUAACGGAUCAGCAGGAGAGUGCUCCACCUAACCCUUCUACAGCUGAAACUCUGGCUGCUGCCCUUCAAAUCCCAUCUGAUGAGGAUGAGCCACAGGAGCAUGAGCCUUUGAGUGACCAAGUUUCUCAGCCACCUAAUGCUAAACUUUCUUGGAAGAAGAUGUUUGCUACUGUUUACGUUACUGAUUUUCUGUUUGUGCUAACUUGA